GGGAUUGAAUCAGGUGCUCAACUUGCUGCUAAACAGGUGUAUAGGCUCUUAGAGGGACUUUUGAUCUCGGAUAUAUUCUCGACGUGUGUGUGUGUGAGCGUGCCAGAGAGAGAACCAUGUGUACUGGAGGCUUCGCCAAGUGCCUGGGCAUCACCCUGAUCCCACUGGCUAUCGUGAGUGUCCUGUGCAACAUCCUGCUGUUUUUCCCCGGAGGCAAAGUGGCUGACACCAGCGACCACAUCACAGAAGAGGUGUUUUACAUGGGAGGGCUCCUGGGAUCUGGAGUGCUGAUGAUCUUCCCAGCUCUGGUCUUCCUCGGGCUCAAGAACAAUGACUGCUGUGGUUGCUGUGGCAAUGAAAGCUGUGGGAAGAGAUGUGCGAGCUUCACCUCCAUCAUCUUCGCUGCCGUGGGAGUCGCUGGGGCCGCAUACUCCCUCAUCAUAUCGUCCGUGGCCAUCAACAGAGGACCCAUUUGUGGAUAUGGAUCUCCCACAAAUCUGUCAUGGGGCUACCCCUUCGACAAUGGUAACUACCUAUCCAACUCCACCAUGCACGAUGUGUGUGUGGCACCGGAAGGCAUCGUGACGUGGCACCUGACUCUCUUCGCCAUCCUGCUGAUCAUAGGCCUGGUCCAGGUGGCGCUCUGUGCCUUCCAGGCCAUCAACGGCCUCAUCGGCACCAUCUUCGGAGACUGCUGCGGCUGCUGUGGGAGCGAUUAAUCGUAGGACAACCUCAAGACUUCCUGAGAAACACCGUUUUGACCUUUGAGCGAAGCUGUUGAACUUAUCCGGCAGUUGACACUCUACAGGGUUACCAGGGUUACCAGGGUUACCAGCUACCUGCUUGAUGCAAACGCUUAUGACGGCAGUAAACAUUCCAGAUCCAUUAUCAGAGAUACUUUUUUUUUUGACUAUUUAUUCUGAAUAUUUCCUUUUUUUUUUUUUUUUACUGUUCGGCGAAUGAAAGCUAUGAAUGUAAUUCCAUCCCUAUUUCUAUGAAUGAAUGCAUUUUAUAGUAUAACAAUGUUAUAAUUAUUGUAUAUACAUUAAAACAAAUAUACAAAAUAAAUUGUUUAAACGUCAGUUAAAUCC